CUUUCGUGCCUGUAUCUUAUUCUAAUGAUAUCAGUUGAAAUCAGUCUGACAAUGCAAAUGACCCAGAACAGUGGGCAAACCUUAUAUGAGAAGAAUUUUCCAGGAGAAAGCUCACACUGCAGGAGUUGAAAACACAGCCUGCACAUCUGAUUCAACCAUGUUUUUGUUGAAGCUACUUGUAACUUUUAUGAGUGUAUUUCACUCCAGCUCUGAAAAUACUGAUUUCAGAGCUGAAAUGAAGCAUGCGUACCUUCAUGGGGAUGUUAUUAUUGGAGGUCUUUUUCCUAUUCACCAACAAACCAACAGAACAACAGAUCCUGGUCCAAUAUCCUGUAAAAUGUUUGAUAUCCAAACAUUCCUACGUGCCCAAGUGAUGAUCUACUCUAUCCAAGAAAUAAACCAACAAAUGCCAAGACUGCUGCCCAACCUCACCCUUGGAUAUGACAUUUAUGAUACUUGUGGAGAUGUCAGCCUUGCCAUCAGAGCAACUCUGCAGCUGCUGAAGGACCAGUCAGACCCACAGAGGUGUCUCAUACCUGCAUCCAUCAAUUCCUCCUUACCUGAACCUGAGACGAAGGUGGUUAUUGGAGAGGAAUCGUCUGAGGUAUCCUUAGCAGUUGCAAGAGUACUUGCUCUACCAUCAGUCACACAGAUUAGCUAUGCAUCAACCAGUGAGCAGCUCAGUUUAAAAUAUAAGUUCCCCACCUUCCUACGGACUGUUUCCAGUGACAAACAUCAGAUGCAAGCCAUUUACGAGCUGGUGAAGAAUUUUUCAUGGCAAUCAGUGGCCAUUGUGGGAAGCACUGAUGAAUAUGGGAAGUAUGGAACUGAUAGUCUCCUGAAGCUCUUCACUGGCAAUAAUAUUUGUGUUGACUUUGUGGACAUUCUCCCUGAUACCUUUGUCAAAAACUGUUCAACAGCAAGAGAUCUGCUGAAAAAAAUAGAAAUUUCUACCGCUGAGGCCAUCAUCAUGUUCACCAUAGACAACAAUGUUCGUAUCAUCCUUGAAGCAGUUGUUGAAAAAAAUCUCAACAGAACCUGGAUAGCAAGUGACACCUGGUCCACUUCUUCUAAAAUCUCUGAGAUGACAGGAAUCGAAAGCAUUGGUCCAGUUUUUGGUUUCAAUUUUAGACAGAAGGAGGUGCCGGGCUUUCAAGAUUACGUCACCUCAAUGUUUAAUGGAACUACAAACAGCAUUUUGAGUUAUUAUCAAGUUUUCACAAACAGCUCCAAAGAUGACGUGAAGUGUAACUGCGCGAAUAAGACUUCUGACAUAAACUGCUUGUACUGCUACAUUGAUCAUGAUGAAUCCUACAACAUCUACCUGGCUGUUCAGGUCAUUGCUGAGGGCCUCAGAAUCUUACUAAAAUGUAACAAUCAAAGCUGUGAACGGACCAAGUUUACUGCUAUUGAGCUUUUUCAUGUAAUCAGGAAGAUCAACAUCACUGUGAAUGACACAAAUAUCUACUUCGAUGAAAACGGAGAUCCCAGUCUGGGAUACGACAUAUUGUUUUGGAACACAUCUGCGUCCAAAGAAGGUGUUGAGAAAAUAAAAAUUGGAGAAUACUGGCCAAAUAAAAACAUUUCAUUUAACAAAGAUCUGUCACAAUGGAGAACCACUGAAAAUGUCUCUGUUUUUAACUGCUUCAAAACAUGUAAACCAGGAGAAAGAUUGGAAUUACAUUAUGGAAAAUGCUGCUAUAGAUGUGCUAACUGUUCACCUCAAGAGUCUUCUUAUGGAAAUGAUAGUUUUUGCAGUCUAUGUGAAGAGAACGAGUUCUCACCAGCAAACCGCAGGUAUACUUGUGAGAAUAAAACUGAAGAGUUUCUUGAGUGGUCAGACCCCUUCUCCAUCAUUCUGGUCACGACAUCUGCUAUUGCAAUAAUUGCUACUGCAGUCAUUGCUAUCGUCAUUGGCUUCAACUGUGGGACUCCCAUUGUUAAGGCAAUUGGAGGUUCCCUGUGUUAUGUGGAGAUGGCCUCCUUGCUCCUCGGCUUUUGCACUACCUUCACCUUUAUAGGAAAACCCACACCAAAUUCCUGUGUAGGCAUUCCUCUGUUCGGUAUAAGUUUCUCCCUCUGUAUCUCCUGCAUUCUGGCCAACUUAAUUCAGAUCCUGCUAGGUUUUAGCUUUGACCCGAGGGUUUGCUCUAAGAUUAAGAAGCUUAAUCAUCCAGUAGCUGUGGUUGUCAUCAUCUCUGGUGUGCAGUUGGGUGUAUCCUUAGCUUGGCUAAUCGUUCUCCCACGUCUUCCUUCAAAGGACCAGAAAGAGUCCACAAUAUUGUACCAAUGUAACAUGUGCGAAAAGUCCAAAAAGUUUUUUGCUGCCACAAUAGUCUACAACUCUUUCUGGGGCGUUGUGUGUUUUAUCUUUGCAUUCAAAGGUAGAAAGCUACCAGACAUUUACAAAAAUGCCUCAUUGAUCACAGUGAGCAUGGUGCUGUUUUUAAUCAUAUGGAUUGUUUUCCUCCCAAUUUAUCUCACUUUGGAAGGAAAGUACAAACCGGCUAUAAGCAGUGCAGCCAUUUUGAUCUCAUGCUUCAGCAUCCUUGGCUGUCACUUGGCCCCCAAGUGUUACAUUAUGUUGUUCAGGAAAGAGAUUAAUAAUCAAAAUGCUAUCAGUGAAUAUAUUAGGAAACAUUAUGAGAGGAAGGACUUAUCCGUGAUUUCAUGAUCAUACUUGCUUGUCUUUGUUAAAGAUGAGCUGCAAAAUAAUACAAUAGAAUCCAGACAUGAACUGUAUGCAAAGACAAAGUCAAACUUUUCUUCUCAUUGUUUGACAUUAAAUCAGACUAAAAGUUAGGUAAGCUAACUAGAAAACUUUACUAAAUAUCUAAAGUGAAAGAUGGAAGGAGGGUAAACUGAGUACUCUAUCGAUAUGGACUAAAAGGCCAUUCAGAGAGUAAAAAUCUAUCACAUCAUAUUGUAAUGCAUCAUGUUGUUGGGUGUUCUAUUGCAGGCAGAAUUGGUGCAUUUCACAAAAUAGAUGGAAUCAAAAGGAAUGAAAGUUAUGUGGAAAUAGUGAACGAACAUCUUAAAGCAGCAGCUAGAAAGUUUAAGAUUGUAACACAAAUGGAUCAUUCAAAUGGAUCUUCCCACUAAAUUAGUUACAAAAUGGCAUAAAGACCCAUAUGUAUGUAAUAUGUAUGUAAACUUCUUGAUUUCAAGAAAGUACAAAAACAAUUCUUGCUCAUUGUAAAUAGUUAGCAAAAGGUUAUUCAGUAAUCCUGACUGACCUAAAAUGACAAAAGUUUGGUGAGAGAGUGAGAAAUUAAGGUGAUGUCUUUUGGGACAGGAAAUGGAUCUUCAUGAUUGUUAUUGUACUGUUAAAAAAAUCCAUUGACACUAGCUUCCCUCUCUUAUUGAAAUUGAAAUUUGGCAGUUGCCUUUGGUAAAAUUUCAGGUGCCACAAGACGGGAAUUGAGUUUGAAAAAUAGCAACGAAUUAGCAAAAAAAAAAAGAAAGAAAAGCAGAUAUGAUGCAAUGCUGGUUGCAGGGCUAACUCCGGGAAGCAGAGUGGAGAGAGAGCAAAUCCCACCGCAAUCAGGAGGCAUCUGUUAUUACACCUUUCAGUUUACUCUUCUAAACACACUUUAUUUUUAGCUAUACAAGGAUUUACAUGAAAUAUGUAAAGGGAAAGCCACAUAUUUAAAAAAAAAUCUUUUUUCAAAACUGCUGUUAUAAAUAUUAUAACUGCCAUGAUGUUUUCAGUCAAUGAUACAAAGAGCUAUUGCAGCCCAAGGCCAGUGAAAUUAAUUCUUAAUCAGAGCAAAUGGUGGCAAAACUAAAACACUGCUUUUCAUUAGCAUUAUUAUUAUUCUUUGUAUAUUUUAAUAUUAAUUUCUCUUGUACAGGGUUUCGUGAUUUUAUGUCUGUGAAAAGCAUUUUAUAAAUAAGCUUUUCCUACUUACUAAAAACUUAACUAACUAAUCCAAACUGAAGGAGAUGGAGAAUUCCUUGCAUGGCCAAGAAGCAAAAAAUACAUUUGCACCUUUAAAGUUGUAUAUAUUUUGUUGAGCAAACAAACUCUAUAAAACUGGGUUUGUGAUUUCAUGGCACGCUAACAACAUGGGAAAAAAUAAAAUGCAAAACCCGUGUGCAGAGUAAAUGUAUUUGUGGAAGCGUGCUUCCUCUUUCUGUAGAAUACCGUGUGCAGAAAGCUUGUAUUUGGCUAUCAAAUCGAGCUCACAUUAUCACUCGAAAAACAAAGCCAUAACAAUCUCCUCUUGUGCGAAGUAUUCCAGUCUGUCAUGCCUGAAAGGAUUUAGGUCAAAACAUGUUUAUUUAUGCUGGUGCUGGGAAUUUCGGGGAUCUGUUUGUAUUUAAAGGUAUUGCAAAUGAAUUCUGCUGAAAAUGACAGAUAAAUGCUAUAUUUACCCAGAAUAAUAUGAAGUUGGACUAAUUUCACACUUUCAUCUGUAUUGUUAUUCCUUAUGCUAUCAAAUAUUUUUGCUAUUGGGAAUAAGGGCAUUGAUAUACCUGUUUUUUCUGUAACAUGUCAAUAAGGAGGCUUCUUAUUUUGUUCAAAAGGAUGAAUUAAAGCUUUUACAUGAUGCUG